CGUGGGUCACAUGACCGCAACACGGAAGACGCAGCUGAUCUCCUUUGUCGGGUUGCUGCAGACUAUUUUAACCAAACCGCGUCUGUUGUAACAUUAGCGUUUAAUAAGUUGUAUUAUCGACAACCGUAGAUACAGUUAGUGAAAGUAACACCAUCAUGGUUUUGUCAGAAUUUGAAGAUUUAUCUCUGCUACUGGAUGAAAAGCUUCUCCGUUUCAUGGACCAGCUGGAGUUACUGGAGGAGAAACGAGCCGCCCUGAACUCUCUCAUCGAGCAGGGAUGGUUUUCCAUCUCCAAGGCUAGAUAUUCCAUGGGCAACAAACAAGUCUCUGCCCUUCAGUUUGCAAGUGAAAUAGAGCCCCUAGUCUGUGUUCAUGCAAGAACACUGGACAAUGGUGAGGUGGAUUUCUGUACAGAAAAGGUUCAGCCAAAGUGUAGUAAUGAGCCUGAAAAACAUGAAACGCCGAUAGAGGAUGUUGGACCUCAAGAAGAAGGUGUCAGGAGAAGAAUAAAGCCAAAAACCGAUACUAUGGAAAAAGAGGAAUGUGAAGAAGCAAGUAGCAAGAAAUCACCUGAGAUAACGCCAGUAAGCAGAAGUGAACGAAGUCCUCAGCAAGAUCCACUGAAAUGGUUCGGGAUUCUAGUGCCACAGUCUCUAAAACAAGCACAGUCAUCAUUCAAGCAAGUGAUAGAGCUGUCAGCUGAGAUUGCUACCCUUCAGACUGCAGUGUUGAACACCAGGCAGGAGCUGAAGCACAGCAGGAAAGACAAACUCAUACUCCAGGAAAGAGCCUCAGCAGCCCAAUCAGACAAGAUUGAAGACUGAGAACUACGGAAUCAGAGCUGGAGAUGCUCUGAGAGUAUAUGAUUUAGCCGGAACUACACCUUCACCCUGGUAGAUGUGGUCGAAACUCACUUCAUCAAAAAAGACCAUAGUUCCGGGGAUCGUUCCUCCGGUCUAAACGGGGCUUUUGAGCAGAAAUACGUGUUGGUAGAAAAUUAAUUUGAAUUCAUCUUUUUUUGAAUUGCACAACUUCUAAUAAACGAGUUACAAAUGUGAAUUUACACCACAUCAUUAGAAUGUUUGUUGUUACUCUUGAACUAUCACAUUGAAAAAUAUCUGAAAUAGCAUAAUAUGAAAUUGAAUUGUGAGGUUUCUGAAAUUAUUCAAGCAUAAUACAAAUUCAAAUUCAAAAUUAUGCCAUUCAAACAUUUAAUUUAAUAACUCAUGUUGAGAAAUUCCAUGAAAUUUAAUUCAAUUGCAGUUUCUUCUGACACAUAUUUCUGCCCAUGUGGAAGCUGUUGAAUUUGGUUAUUUGAAGUCAGCAGUGAUACAGCAGGUGGAUUUAUAAGUGACGGAUUUAGCAGUCUGAACUCCUGUUUGAAAUGGUGUUUUAGUUUGCUUUCUUUCUUGAUUAUCUCAGGCUCCAUGGACUAUAAUACAUAUACAAUGAUUUAUGAAUACAAACAAAAAACGAGUUAAAAUCUUUCCCAUAAAUCACCAUUCAUUUAGGGUUCAUACAUUUUAGUCAGUGACCGUUUACUUUUAAAGAUAAUUUAGUAUUUUAUUACUGGUAAAAUUAUAAAGCUUGUAGGAUUGUCAUCAUGUUAAUACAUUUGGUAAUUAUGCAAAAUCUGCGAAGUUAUAAAUAAAUGUAUCAUGUUCCAGGUCCUCUGCAACUUUUAAACAUGAAUAAAGUAUAUCAAACAUUA